CACACGGAAGCUCAGUGGCUUCGGUGCUAGGAUGUCGGACUCCUGGGUCCCGGGCCUGGCGCCCACCUUGCUGCUCAGCCUGCUGGCUGGCCCCCACCGGGUGAUCGCCUGGGAGGGGGCACCCAAAUGUAACAUCUUCUUCACCUGCCCCCAAGGACACAAGUGCUGUGGUCACAACUGCUGCCAAGAGAUGACUAUCUUCUCCGGCCCCUUGAGGAUCUUCAUCAUCAUCUUCCUCGUCAUGCUGCCCCUCGUGUGCAUCUGCAGCCUGGCUAGGCGCUUCUGUAGCAAAUGCAGGCCGCUGGAGAGGGAGCCUGCAGUGGAUCACCAAGGACUCCCAGACCCACCCUCCGCUGCCCCCCAAGAGAGUGUCAUGGCAUCUACCUCUGAGCCCCCACCACCCUACAGCGAGGUCAUUCUGAAACCCACCCUGGUCCUGCCUCCCAUAGAGCCGCCCCCUCCCUACAGCUUCAGGCCUGAAGAGCAUGCUGGGACACUGAGGGGCAUUGACAACCCAGCCUUCUGAGCCAUCCUGGCACCUCCAGGAGAAAGCCAGAGACUUCUGGGACUGCUGGAACAUUCCCAUCCAUCUUGCCACGUCUCUGGUCCUUCUUGGAUUUAACUUAUUGCUUUUUCUGCCCUGGUUCCUCUCCAGCUGCCUCUUGUCCUAAGGGCUGGGUGGAGCAGCAGUGUCCCCUCCCCCGAGUUAGAGGCUGCCAGGAGGAAAAUAUCCAAGCUGAGGUCCCUGCAGUGAACUGAGCUGCUCUGCAGAGUAGAGAGAGCCCUGUCGCUGGAGACAUACAAACCAUGACUGGUCAGCUAGCUCGGAUAUUAUGGAGAGAAUUCUGUACCGGCAGGAGUUUGGACUGGGCAGGCUCUGAGCCGUCUUCCAACUCCACCCGAAUGGAGAAGACCCCGGUGUAUCCACUCCCAACACAUGCUCAAAACAC